AUGCAUCGACUUCUCUACGUGCAUGUAUUCCUCUGCUGCCUCAACAUGGCUCACCCCUUCUGUCCAGCCCAGUGCACCUGUGUCUUCCAUGGACGCGUCGACGGAGCUGGAUCCAGAUCUGUGCUGUGCAACGAUCCGGACAUGUCUGAUAUACCCGUCAACGUCCCCGUGGAUACGGUCAAACUUCGUGUAGAGAAAACGGCCGUACGGCGAAUUCCAACAGAAGCGUUUUACUACCUGGUGGACCUGCGGUACCUUUGGAUUACUUAUAAUUCCAUAACCUCUGUGGAUACUGGAAGUUUCUACAAUCUCAAAGUGCUCCACGAGCUGAGGCUGGAUGGAAAUAUGAUUUCCAUAUUCCCUUGGGAGUCGUUGAAAGAGAUGCCCAAGCUGAGGACGCUGGAUCUACACAACAACAGACUCACUAACGUUCCCACUGAGGCGAUACCAUACCUCCUCAAUAUUACAUACAUGGAUCUAUCCAGCAACAAACUGGCCACGUUACCCUCUGAUCUCAUGGACAUCUGGCCCCCCUUCAACGGAGCACCUGUCUCUACUAAUGCCUCCCAGAAAGUUGUGUUAGGCCUUCAAGACAAUCCCUGGUUCUGUGACUGCAAAAUAUCCAAGCUGAUUGAGCUUUCCAAAAUGGCCGACACACCGGUGGUUUUGAUGGACCUGUUCCUGACCUGCAGUGGACCUGAGAACCUGGCCGGUGUGCUCUUUCAGCGUGCUGAACUUGACAAUUGUGUAAAACCAUCAGUCAUGACUUCGGCAACCAAGAUCACGUCUCCUUUGGGCAGUAAUGUUCUCCUGCGAUGUGAUGCCACAGGGAUGCCAACACCGACUCUCAUCUGGGAAAAGAACGAUGGCUCUCAAGUCAACAACACAGUCCAGGAGUCACCUGGGGACGGCAUCAGAUGGUCCAUCAUGAGCUUGCAUGGAAUAUUGUACAAAGAUGCCGGGAACUACAGUUGCAAAGCAAAGAAUGUUGCUGGUAGUGCAGAGGCAACCAUUUCUGUCUCAAUUGCUGGUACCAUGAGUACCACAAUCCCUCCACUGAGCCCGAGCAUCAUAACUGGACCAACCAGCCAAGGCACGACACCUGCUCCCCCAACAGGCACUCCCAACUCACCCACCAUCGCUCCCACAGCUCCCCCUAGAACAUCAACACUGUCAGCUGUCCCGAAAAGACCGCAAACCAGCCCCAGCACUAGCGUACAGAAAGGCCCGCCUAAACAAGGAAAAAGCCAGCAGGGAGGAAAUGGAAGAAAGCUUGCAGCAGAUGAAAAGAGCAAGAAAAGUGACGCCUCGAAGUCUGUCAAAGACCUUAAGAUUGUAGAAGAAACAGAGGACACUGCGGUUUUGCUUUGGAAAAAGGACGGGUUACCGAAUGAUGCCCCGCUCACAGUGGUAUACUCACCGUAUGGUGAGGAGGACAUCAAAAGGACGCUGGAGACGAAUGCUGGCAGCGGGAAAGUGCUCCUAGAGGGACUUUCUUCUGGAAUGAGGUACUCAGUUUGCCUCGUAGCCAAAGGUAGUGCUGCUGGGAAAGAUCCUUGUGUUGACUUCUACACACUGGACAAUAUGGAGGACGGUGGGCAGAACCAGCUGUUUGUUAUCAUUAGUGGCAUUGCCUGUGCUCUGGUUUUGCCUCUCAUUGCACUGUUGCUCUACAAGAUCAUCGCUCUGUACUGCAAAGGUCACAGCACAAGUGUGGACGAAGAGGAGCUUGAAAAAGAGAGCUAUGUGAAGUUUGAGACAAUUUCAAUGAAACAGAGGACUUUGAACAGCCACCCAACAGAGCUCUGGGCACGCAGACCGACCAACGACUCAGAGCGAAUGCUGCUGUGCUCCAGGUCCAGCAUCGACUCCCAGAUGACCUAUAAGAGCGACAGCUCCCGGUCUGAGUGGCUCUGCUGACCACAGGAUGCCAUGGCCUAUGCCCAAACGCCAUGCGUACACAUCAUAUAAAAUACCCUUUAUAUGCCUUUUAUUAAACUGAUUAACUAUUAACUAUGAAAUCAUUCAGAAAUCUUUAUAAACAUUCAUUUUAGAUUUAUUUUUCCCAUCAUUGGGGCUGAAAAGAAACGGGAUGCUGUUUUGAAUGAUUGCGAUUUCAUUCUGCCUUUUUCAUUAAGUAUUAAUUUAUGAAUAUUUAUAUAAUGAUUAUGAAAAGUGUAGUUGACAUAAAAACAAAACGUUCCC